AAAAAUAGAGACAUAAAUCCAGUGGAAGUAAUAGGUUAGAAACACAGUUUUAGUGCAGUAAGAAGUUCCCCAAAAUGCUACAAAGGAAAUAAAAGUGCAGCAGAGAAACCGAUCAAUCAGUGGCCCAGGAGAACACACCCCAGGAUAAAAUGAAUAAGGUGUAUGCUCUCUUUCAGAUACUUUACUCUCCUGCUGCUGAUGAAUGAACGAGAAAGCUGUGCAGUUGUUUUCUCGUUCCUCCUCCUGAGUCUGUUGGUGUGAGUUUGUGUGGGAUUAAUAUCAGCUUGUUUGAAUCUGUGAAUGAAGAAACCUGAAAGAAAAUGGCAGUGAAUCUGAGUAAGAACGGUCCUGCACUCAUAGCUGCUUAUAAAGAAGUGGUGGACGGCAAGUCAAACACAAACUGGGCGCUGUUUACUUAUGAAGGGAACAGUAAUGAUAUCCGUCUGGCAGAAAAAGGAGACGGUGGAUUAGAGGAGAUGGUGGAGGAGUUGAGCAGCGGGAAGGUGAUGUACGCCUUCUGUCGCGUCCAGGACCCCAAUUCUGGUCUGCCCAAAUAUGUCCUCAUAAACUGGACAGGUGAAGGUGUGAAGGACUCUCGGAAAGGAUUAUGUGCCAAUCAUGUGAGCUCAAUAGCCAACUUCCUAAAAGGAGCCCAUGUGACUAUAAACGCCCGGGGAGAGCAGGACGUGGAGCCGGAGACCAUCUUGUCAAAGGUGGCCAAAGCGUCUGGAGCCAACUUUAACUUCCACAAACAAACACAAGAAUACAGAGACGCACCCAGAGGACCUGUGGGUUCAGUCUAUCGGAAAGUCAACGCUGUGGAGGAAAUUCAACAAAUCAACAAAGACGACUUCUGGGUCAAAGCUCAGAGGGACGAGGAGGUUCGUCGACAGGAGGAGAGCAAGCGAGCGGAGCUGGAGAGGCAAACGCUGGAGAGGGAGAGGAGGGAGAUGGAGGAGAAGCAGACGAAGGAGAGGGAGAAGAGAGCGAAGGAGAGAGCUCUGCAGAUUGAACAGGACAAGAUUUAUCAGAAGCAGAGAGAAGAAGAAGAAAGAGAGAAAGAGCAGCAGCGACUGAACCAGCAAGAAAAAGAAAACAAGAAAACCGGCAUCAACUCUGCUGCAUCUGUGCAGAAAGCAAACGAGGCCAAAUCACUGAUAUCUCAGAGAUCAUUCAAUCCCAGAGACGUCUUCAAGCAGCGAGAGCAGAACUCUGAGGUCAACAGACAGUCUCCUGCUGCGUCCAGACCCGGGAAGCUGCAGAGUCCGUUUUUGUCUCAGAAAUCCUUUGAGGGAGAAACCCCGCUGCAGCCUCAGUAUCCGGCCUCCAACGCUCCAGCUGUGACCCCCCUGACGCCCGUCUUACCCGCCUCACCCGUCUCACCCGUCUUACCCGCCUCACCCGUCUCACCUGCCUCACCUGAGCUGUCUCACUCACCUGCUGCAGCUGUCUCACCUACACCAGCAGAGACGGCAGCCUCACCCGUUCCAGCUGCAGAUGCUGCUUACACAGAAGAGGAGGAGUGGUCAGAUGAGUUUGAUGAUGAAGCUGAUGAAGCGACACAAGAUGAAUUCCCAGCUGAAGAAGAUGUGUAUGAAGCACCACAAUCAGCGGUGAUAGAGGAGGAUCUGUAUGAAAAUGUCUACGAACAAACACCAACAACUGGAGACGUUAACACAGAGAGCAGUGGACAGAACAUCUCUGCCAGAGCUCUGUAUGACUACCAGGCUGCUGAUGACACUGAGAUCACCUUUGACCCCGAUGACAUCAUCACACAGAUAGACAUGGUGGACGAGGGCUGGUGGAGAGGUUACGGACCUGACGGACACUACGGCAUGUUUCCCGCCAAUUACGUUGAGCUUCUCUAGAUUUGUUUCCAUUGCAGGGAAUGGAUGAAGAUGACUUCUUUUACAUGGACCUGUUUGUCUUGUCUUUGUCAUAUUAAAGGUUUGUUUCUGUCAAAAUCUCUCACUGUUUAACAUCACUGACUGGAUUAAUACACUGUUGGAAAAAUCACAAUAAAUAUCAAAUCCUUGUCUCAGUAACACACAUUAUUAAAUACAUUUU